AAUACACUUCUCCUUGACGACACAUCAAAACAACCGUGCGUCGAACAGCAGCAUUCAUUUGAUUCAGAUAGAAAACAGACUUCAGGGCUGUAUAACAGUACACACAACGACUAAACAUGGACUCAGAAGACCUUAUCCAGUACGUGGACUUCGUGGCCAGUAGUGGCGUCGUCCUGAGCUCCGAGCAGAAGGCGGCACUUCAAACAUCUCUUGUUAUUAUGAAGAACCACUACAAGUUCCACCGCGUGUACCUGUGGGGAAAGAUCCUGGGCAUCAAGGAUGACUACUUCAUCGCACAAGGUGUUUCACGGGACGAAAUGGCAGAAAGGAAAACCUUGUACAGCCUGGACUGUGUGCAGUGGAACCUCCUGCCUCCUGCCACAAAGGCCAUGCGGGAUCACACAUCUGUCGUGAAGGGACGGUUCACUGGGGAUCCAUCCUACGAGUACGAGCACACUGAGAUCAGGAAAAUUGGUGAGGGAGAGGACGCUACAGAGGAGGAGCACACAAUCCAAGUGAAAGAGGAGGAUCGUCUGACCUCUGUCAUUGCCACCAUUGAUGAGGAGGUUGCCAUUGCACCACGGGGGGCCUUCGUCAAGACACCUCACGGGGAAGUCAUCCGGAACCGUAGCUUUGAAGGUCUGUCUGUGUCAGAGGCAGGGAAGCUAAACUCGUACUUCCACCUGCGUGAGCCUCUGAAGCUGAAGGAGAAGACUCUGCUGGAGAAGGCUGACCUCGACCCAUCCAUCGACUUCCUGGACUCAAUUGAAGAAGACAUUCCCAGAGGAGGCUCCUGGAGUGUGCAGUUUGAGCGUGGCAGCGGCCUGGUGGCACUUCGCAGCCUGGUGUGGCUUGGUUACACAUUCUUCCACGUUCCCGGCACACUCAAGUUUGGCUCAAUGUACAUCGGAAAUGGCGAGAAGAACAACGACCUACCAUUUAUGUUGUAACUUUGCAUAGUAGGAUGAUUCUAAAGAACAGAACUGUGUCAAGGACUUCUAUUCUUGUUGUAUAUAAAAGUAGCACAGAGUUAUUAGUACUCUUCUUUUAGACCAGACAGAUGCCAUUGACUAUUCUAAUGACAGGAGGUUGCCUGUCAUUUGAUAUUGACAAAGUAUCAUUUGCAGCAUCUAAUCUGCACCAGUUUCUCAACCACAUUUGGCAAAAUCCAUGUAAUUACAGGUGUACCCAUCCUUCUCCAGGAACUAAAAAAGAAACCUAUUAUAUAGCUGACUUCUUUCUUUGAAAAAGUGGUACCACAACUUUCAAAAAUGUGAAGCAAUAUUGAGAUAUUUGACAGCUCUUGUACUAACUGUGCAUAAAUUUAAUGGUAAA